UCAAUGUACAACGAGGAAGAAAAAUUCCGCCAAAUAAACAAAAUUAUUAAAUAUAUACAUACUUGUAUGCAUGUGUGUAAGUGUGUUGAUGCACCUGUGCACUUUAUUUUUGUUGCCAUAGGUAACUGACCAGGCAUCGAAGCGACCAAAACAGAGAGCAUGGCGAGAGUACAAGCGGGCGAGAGCGUUUGUAAACAGUAAACUAAAGCCAAAAAAUACACUUGAACACUAAUAACAGCAACAAAUAAAUCAAACAUUGCACCAAAGCGGAACUAUAGUCAAGUAUAAACUGAUGAAUGGGGUAGUAACUUAGUAACUAGAGCCAAGUUGCAGGCAAACAUAUGUGUGUGUGUGGGCAUGCAGGUGUAUGGGUGUGUUAGGCUUGUUUAUGAGACCGAAUUGGCUGCCGUUGGACGCACGUACGCGAGCUUAAAUGAUUCAGUACUAAACAGACAUUCAACGGUGUGCGAGCGGCAAAAAAUUGCUUAAAGCGGAAAAGUGCGGAAAAUUAUGAAAAAUCAUAAAUAGUAAGAACAAAAAAAAAAAAAAAAGUUAAAGUACUCAAAAAACUUUUGCUUCCUUCGCGUGUAUAUAGUUAUCAUAUACGAGUAUAUACUGAUCUAUGAUAGACAUGUGUGCGUGUGUGUGCCACGGUUGAAAGGGGGAAGUGUGCGAAGCGAAAUUUUUUGAAGUGUAAUUAAAUGAAAUGCUUGUCUAGGCAAGAGUUACUUUGCUAAACGAAUUAGCUGCGCAUGAAUUGCAAAGCACAUGCUGAAUGAGAGUGGAAACUUUUUGUUGUUUUCAUUAAAAUAUUUUUUUUAUGAAAACUUUGAAAUUAUUUUAAUUUAUAUAUAUAGGAAAGCGUAUCAAGCUUUCAGCUCAAGGAUUAGUGCGAGAGAAAUUUACAAGAACAAUUUUACUCCGUUUCCAUAAGGAAAAGUAGGGAUUUUUAUAAAAAUAUCUCGAAAUAUGUUUCUCAAAUGUUCCACGUACUUGUAAACGUAGAAAAUACUUAAAAGAAAAGAAAAUACAAGAACAAAAAGAAUCCAAAUAAUCUAAAAAGUGGAAGAGAAAAAAUCGAAAAUGCAAUUAAAAUGUUAAAGUCGCAACAAAGUGUCACUGCGCAAAGUGACGUCAAUUUGGUGCGCCAAAAACCAUUAAAAGCUCAUCAAUUAUUUAACAAACGCCGUUUUACGUAGCCGAGCCGUCACCGUGCUCUUUCUUCACGCCACGCCGAAAAUCCACCAACCAAUCUGUUCAACCGCAAAUCAAAAAAACACAACACUUGCUGUCAACAUGCUGGCUGAAAAUGUGUCGAUCACCGUGUUGGUUCUGCUCGGCUGCUGCCGCGCGGACAUUGGCCUGCCGCUCAUACAAAUAAGUCAUGAUGAAGAGUUGGGCGAUGAUUAUCCAGAAAUGCGUGAGGAAGUACAUCUUGAAGACUUCUUUUGGACAGGGUCGGGUGAUGGUCCACCAGACUAUCUGAAGAAAGUGCAUACUGGCAUCAGUAAGGGCAAAGAUGUGAUUGUCAAAACGGAAACAGUUGUUGCAACAGUAUAUGUGGACGGCAAUAAUGAAAUUGAUAUACCGAUAUGCUUGGAUUGUCCACCAGACGAUGGCGGCACUACUUGGGGUGUCGGCGCGAUGCCACCACUUAAUUACUCAGCGACAGAUCGAAGAUAUUGGCUGCUUACAGUGAUGUCUGGAUUCUAUUCACAAAAAGAUAAUCCGCCCUUAGAGGAAAAGUUGGCGCGAUUAUAUCGAUUGGCUUUUACGAGGCAAAAUUCGAAACAUUUAGGCAUUAAUGGUGCACAGCAGAUUGCAGGAAUUGCGGUAUCGGCUGGGAGAAAUAAGCGUGGUCAACAUGAAGCCGACGUACAUACACUUGACCUCACGACACCUAAAGAUCUCGAUGACGACGCCGAAAUGCUUGACAUGAUCGGUAAUGCUACACCAGCCAACACUCACCCCAUUCAGCCGAAACGCAAACCAAACAGAAAUACUGAGUGGGAAACAUCUUCGGAAGAAAUCGAAAACAAUUUCUCUUUUACAAGCACGACCGCCUCCGAUGAAUUCACCACAACCACAAGUUCGAAUACGGAAGCUACACGCGAAAAAGUCACAAGCACCACACAAUUACCACAUAAGAGUAUAUUGUCAUGGGAGUUGAUACAGGAGGAUGCAAAAUCAGAGAAACUCCAAGCUGCAGCGGCUCUCUUGGACACACAAGCUUCACUGGUACCAUUACAACCGCAGGUUCCGCUGCUGCAUAAUUCACAAGUACGUGUGGUUAUCCAUAAUAUCACACGGAUAACUGAGGACGACGUACAGAAAGGCAUACACAGCAUUGGCACUUACGAUGAAGAUAUCAAUGAGAAGAUCGAUGAACGCCCUAUUGCAAAUCAAACCGAGCUCAUCUACUCUGUACUCGUCAAUGGGCGUCCUGUGUUGGCGGUAACGGCAGCCAACGAUAUGAAACUGGUGUCUGAAACUGAAGCCUCAAAUAUCAUUGGGCAGGAAGUCUACAUGAAGUCUGAACCUUAUUUGCGCGAGCCACAGGCGACUCCAUUGGCGCCUGCAAUACGCAGCGGUCAAUCGGGUUUCAUAGACUCUAUACAAAAUAACACCGCUUUGGUGGUGAUUACUUCGCUUGCUAUCUUACUGUUGUUGCUUUUGCUCAUGGCGUUACUGUUGAUGGGUCGAUCGCGUGUGCGAGAGAAACAUCGGUUAGAGGAGCAAAGAACGACCAGCCGUAAUGAGCUAUUAGCUGAACUACAAUCUGGGCGCGGCACUUCCACAGAAACCGGCUUAGAUACCGGUCGCACUACAACGCAGUCCCGUGAUAUUGGCGUACAAAACUUCUCAUUUGAACACGAUGGCACACAUCAUGUACGCGAGCCACGUAUUAACUUCCCAAGUCCGCCGGCAAAACGUGAAUAUCGUCGCGAUUCACUUAGCUCAUCAGACAAUACAUCUGACUCUUCAGUCUAUUGUCCUAUUAAUCCACCAGCCCCGGAUGUUCAACGUAUACUUGACGAUAAGGCUGCGGCUUUAUUCGAAAAACAUCGUCGUAGGCAUACGCAACAUGAUUACGAUCAAGCUGAGGGACAUGAGAAUGCUGUAUAUACUACUGUUAUUACAGAGAAAAAGCAGGACAAGACACGUCGCAAAACCAAGCGACGUUAUCUUUCUGAGAAUCGCGUGGGUUCGCUAGAGACCAGUCCACGCACACAUCUCGCGGCGCAGUCUUCGGGUGACGAGGUGAUUAGCGGCUCUUUGGAUGAAGAACAAUUGAGUCCCACAUAUGCGAAUUUUGAAAGGAAUGAGGCAUUUAACCCGCACAACAAUUAUCAUCGCAAUAAACUGUUACAUCAGAAAAGCGUUUUUGGCGAUAAGAUUGAUGUUGAGCAACUACCGACCGUAGAAGCUGUUAAUAAGGAGGUCAUACGCACAUUACCUCCCACGGAAAGAUCUUCCGAUACAGGCAGUAUUGGUUCAUUUUUAUCAAUGGCUUCUGUGAAAGCUUUUCCGAAAAAUUCACUGCCUCAGCCAUUGAAUCGAGUGCUGGAUCCGGUUUUUGUCACAUACUACGACAAUAUUGAGGACCCUGCUGCAAAAAAACAAACCGUGGAGACAUAUCCGUUGCGUAGGCAGCAGAGCCGACAGGAUGUGUUGGAUGCAACAGCUAUAGCCACUAUAGAAAGUUUCCCCAUACCUAAAGCACCAUCACAAAAUAAUUUGGGCGCUUCGCAGAGUGACAAUCCAGAUUCGGGUGUAGUUGGCCCUCUAGUCUGGGAAAGGCAUAAGAAACGUUUAAAAGAAACUGCGGAUACCGAUGAUGCGGAGGACAUUCUAAUGGGGUAUGAUGAAAGGUUUAACAAUAAUCCCGGAGCAAUCAGAGUUCAUUAUGAAGAUCUGCUAGAAAGCGCCAUACACAUGUAUUCCAGUCAAGAAGACUUGCCGAUGCCUCUACCAACACGAGAUUUCGUAAAUAAACGUAAGCCGACAAAAUGGGAAAAUCGCGGCUCAUCAGCAGGCGUAUCCAGCUUAGCUGCACGCCUUAAUACUACCGACGUCCGUCCAGCUACUGCCCAACCAUUAAAAACGACAAAAUCGAAUAACUCAACUCAACCACCUUCACCUGCCAGCGGCGCUUGGGGUGGUAGUAUUUACGGUUCCCAUUCUCCACUUAUUCGUCCAUUGAGUGCUGGACCGUAUCAGCACUCGGAGUCAUUUCAGGUGGUUGGUCCACCCAGAUCUGUAACAAAUCGGUCUGAUAUCUCAGCGGAGCCCCUUAUAGAGGCAAUCAAAAGCGAAUUACGACGAUUUAAAAAUGAGAAGCAUUAGAUUCAAAGCACAAAAUGAUUGCACAAAUUUAAUUUAAAAAUAAAGCAAGCAUAUACGCAUAAUUGUAAUGGG